AUGGCCGGUCUAGUUGGAUAUGACAGUAGUGAUGAGGAAAGUGAUGGCCGUGAUGGGCCGCAAGUGCAGGCAACGGCGUCGAUACCGGGAGCAGAUAAUGCCAAUCCUGAUAAUAGGCCAGUAGCCCCAGGCCCAGCACUCGGACCGGCUUUAGGACCGGGUGUAGGACCAGCGCCCGGUGGUGAUGUUUUUGGUCCGAACCGGCGACCAGCAGCCGAGAACCGGUCGGCAGACGACGGCGACAACGAAGACGAAACGAGCGGUUACGGCUUAAAUGGCGACCCAAAUGAGCCGCCACUCUCUCCAUACUCGGCCGAGCGCGCAGCCGUCCGCCAGUUGACGAUGCCCAGCGUCCCCGACUUUGAUAUUCCUGGCAGCCCAGAACCAGAUGCCGCAGCUACUUCGGCAGCUGCAUUGGCUGCACUCAACAAGAAAUUUGCCACGUUUCUGGAACUCAAGCAGAAAAAGGACACACAUUUUAACGCACGACUCGCACAGUCGCAUGCCAUGAAAAACCCGGCGCUCAUGGACAAGUUGAUGGCAUUUGUGGGCAUGCCGGCCAAUGCAUGGGGCGGCAGCGACCCCGACGUUGUGGAUGAAAACGGCAGUGGAAGCAGCACGAGCCUAAAAGGAAAGCGAAAAGCAGACAAGCCGGUUGACACGGCUCUCGUCUCCGCCCAAUAUGCCACGACACUCCCUCUUAGCCUGUGGGACCCAGCCGCAUUUCCACCGGAAGCAUACCGGCGGUCAUUGCGGCGCCUCCAGGAAGACGCCGCGAAGCAAAGAGCCCGCGCUCCCGGAGAGCGGGUUGAGUUUGUGUCUUCAACCGCGUCGACGCCGGGGUUUAGUGGAGGCCACGAUGGAAGCCAACACACGAGUCGGCCAGGGACACCAGCAACGGCGACUGCGACCGGUAAACGCAAGACGAGAUUUGACUAA